GGCUGGCCAGCAGACCUCUGUGGAUCCCGUUCCUGGUUAUUUAGUGCUCUCCGAAGUUGCCCGCUUGCAGAGAGGUAAAUGCUGUGGCUCUGCAUGCAGACAUUGUCCAUAUGAGCAAGUUAACGUGAAAGACCAGUCCAAAAAGAAGCGCUUCGACUCAUUUUUUUAUGUACGAGUAUUAACGUCUUUCAUUCUGCGAAAGCGGCUGCGAAAGCGAAGCCCAUCCGCUCUUUGUGGCUUCCACU